ACACAGCAGAAAGCCCACAUAAAGAGCCUGCUAAGGGGCUUCCCAGCUGCAGAUCCACAGAGCCACCUCCUGGGGGAGGGAGCCAGGCCAUCCUGUCCCAAGAGACAGAACCAGUGGUUCAAAGGAUUCAUCAUCAUCAAGGACAUAAAAUGCAGACCUACUUGGUUUUCCUCCUUGCCGGAGCGUUCUUCUCUCUCACCAACUCCCAAGAUGUUGCAGAGGAGGUCCCCACGUCACAGGUAGAGGAAGAAGAAGAUCCAUUCUACAAGAGCCCAGUUAACAGGCUUGCGUCCUCGGCAUCCAAUUUUGGUUAUGAUCUUUACCGUAUACAAGCAAACAAGUAUCCAACUAGCAACAUCUUUAUGUCACCACUGACCAUCGCCACCGCGCUCUCCAGCCUUUCUCUGGGAGGUGGGCAAAGGACGGAGUCAUUAAUCCAUAGGUCUCUCUAUUAUGACCUUCUAAAUGACCCAGAGGUACAUGCCACCUACAAGGAGCUACUUGCAAGCUUUGGCUCAGGAAAAGGGCUGCAAAGUGCAUAUCGGGUUAUUUUAGAAAGAAAGCUCAGGAUACGUCAGGAUUUUGCUACUCAGAUGGAAAAGUACUAUGGAAACAAACCGAGAAUAUUAACAGGAAGCAGUCGGCUAGACCUGCAAGAAUCAAAUGAGUUUGUACAAAAGAAGACAGAUGGCAAAGUCGUGAAAUUUUUUAAGGAAAUGCCCCCAAGUAUCAGUAUCCUACUCCUUGGAGCUGCAUACUUUAAAGGUCAGUGGGCGCACAAAUUCAAUCCUCGGGAAACUGUCCAGCGUGAAUUCCACAUUGAUGAGCAGAACACUGUUACCAUUCCAAUGAUGACAGCCAAGAACAUCCCUGUGAGAUACGGCCUGGACUCUGAUUUUAACUGCAAGAUUGUACAGCUGCCAUUUAGUGGUGGAGUCAGCGUCAUGUUCUUCCUGCCCCUCACAGUCACCCAGAACCUCACCCAUAUUGAGGAAGGUCUUACAUCAGAGUUUGUUCAUGAUAUAGAUCGGGCACUGCAGCCUGUCACUAUUACUAUAAGCAUUCCUAAGUUAAAGGUGAACUACGAGGCGGAGUUUGGCAGCACACUGCAAGAAUCAAAGCUACAGCCGCUCUUCUCUACUCCUGAGUUCAACAAAAUCACCUCCAAGACAAUUAAGCUCACACAAGUAGUGCACAAAGCUGCGCUGGAGCUAAAUGAGGAUGGUGUAGCAAGCAUAACGCCAAUGGAAGGCCAAACUCGCCAUCACUUCCCCUUGGAAUACCACUUGGACCAUCCCUACCUGUUCGUUCUCCGUUCUGAUGACAACGGUGCUCUUCUUUUCAUUGGAAAAGUCUUAGACCCCAAAGGACUAGCUCGUAAAUAAUUUCAUAGCCCACGGUUUGCAAUUUGACUGCUGCAAAACUGAAAUAUUUUAUGUAUUUUAGUUUUGUAGCAGUCAAGGGGGUUGAACAGGCAGUCAUUCAUACUCUUGAAACUCCUGAGACAUCCAGCCUCUCCCACACCAAAAAAAAACCAAGCCAGAAGGUGCACAUGCCUGCACCCAGAAGCUUUUUAUGUUACUUAUUGUUUUCCCAAAUGAAUAUGAAUGGUUAUGAUAGUGACUAUAAGGAGAAUGUAGUAUAGGUAUCCAUUUUCAUUACAGAUAUGGCCCUUCUAUUUUGCCUCAAAUAUAGUAGAAAUGUAUGGGUUAAUACAAAGUAGAUAAUAAAAAAUGCUACAGGUGAUUUCAAGACAAGACCAAUGUGUUUCAUACCAACUACCCCAGAUAGUCCUAGACCUAAAAGUGGUGCUAAAGUUGGAUAUAGAACAUUAAAACUUCUCCAGAUGCUUUA